AUGCCCUCGUCGCCCGCGCGUCCCCUCGUCGCGCAAUGUUUCCCUCGUCGCAAGCGUUUCCCCUCGUCACGGAGCUUGCCCUCGUCUCCCACGCUCACCCGCGCUUCCCACGCUUACCCGCGUUUCCCGCGCUCUCCAGCGUCACCCGCGCUUUCCCGCGUCACCCGCACUUACCUGCGUCAUCCCCACUUACCCGCGCUUAACCGCCCCCACACACCACCAGCAUUCCCCCCACUUGUCCGCCUCCCUUUCCCCCCACACACCACCAGCAUUCCCCCCCCUUUUCCGCCUCCCUUCCCCCCCACACACCACCAGCAUCCCCCCCACUUGUCCGCCUCCCUUUCCCCCCACACACCACCAUCAUUCCCCCCACUUGUCCGCCUCCCUUUCCCCCCACACACCACCAGCAUUCCCCCCACUUGUCCGCCUCCCUUUCCCCCCACACACACCACCUCCCCCAUGCUUCCCCCCUCCCUCCGACCUGCUUCCCCCCUCCCUCCGCCCUGUUUCCCCCCUCCCUCCGCCCUGCUUCCCCCCUCCCUCCGCCCUGCUUCCCCCCACCCUCCGCCCUGCUUCCCCCCUCCCUCAGCCCUGCUUCCCCCCACCCUCCGCCCUGCUUCCCCCCUCCCUCCGACCUGCUUCCCCCCUCCCUCCGCCCUGUUUCCCCCCUCCCUCCGCCCUGCUUCCCCCCUCCCUCCGCCCUGCUUCCCCCCACCCUCCGCCCUGCUUCCCCCCUCCCUCCGCCCUGCUUCCCCCCUCCCUCCGCCCUGCUUCCCCCCUCCCUCCAACCUGCUUCCCCCCAUCCACUUCCCUCAUUCCCUCCCCCCUCUGCCCUGUUCCCACCUGCCCUCCCCAUCCCUGCCUUUCCCUCCCUGCCCUGCCUUUCCCUUCCCCAUCCCUUCUCAACCCUUCCCUUCAUUUUCAUGCCCUCCCCCCUUCCGCACUCUCGUUCCCAUGCAUGUGCACCCAUCACUGUCUCCCCAUACAUGCUUUCAUCAUGUGUACUUGCUUGUAUCCCCUUGCCGUUGUUCCCUUGCACCUCACACCACCUCCCCCAUGUUUCUUCACACAAUUCUUUCUGCUUACUCCACUCCCCUACUCAGCAGAGGAGCAAGCUGA